GUGUGCUCCACAACUCGAGCUUUUUCGGCCACCGGUCAGCCGCAGAGAGCAGACAUACGCUCCGCAACCAGAAACCGACAAAAGUUGACCAGCUCAACAGAAGCAUUGAGCAAAUGUCCAUCGAGAACGCAUUUAAGUCUUCGUCAACUUCUAAAGAAAAACAUGAUGAUAUCACAGAAGCGAUCGUUUUUAUGAUCUGUAAGGACAAUUUGCCUGUCCGGACCGUUGAAAAAGAAGGAUUUACCAACUUCAUAAAUAAAUGUGUACCGAAAUACAAAAUCCCAAGCCGGUUCCAGGUAACUAAUAUGAUUGAAGCUAAGUACGACCGCUGCGUCUCUAGAAUGAAGACCAUUCUCCAAAAUGUUAAUGACUUUGCGUUCACCUGUGACGGUGUAACAGUAACUAAUUCGACAAGAUCAUACUUAACAGUCACAGCUCAUUUUAUUCAAAAUAACUGUCUACAAUCCGUUUGCUUGCAAGCAGUAAGAAUGAAUCAGGAUUCACGGUUCCUUGCAAACACGGUAGAAGAAGCAACCGAUUAUAAAAAUGAAGGAUUCCUGGAGGCGCAUAUGAGAUCCAUUGCAACGCGCCAACCCUUGGAAGCCACGGAAAACGAGGAAAUCAAAUGGUUUUUGGGUCUCCCAUUUACUUCUUGGGAUAGCGACCCGAUCGCAUUUUGGACAUCACAGUCAGAAACAUUGCCAGGGCUUUCAAAGCUGGCAUUGGGCUACCUUAUCACACCAGGUAGCUCCGUACCAUCAGAAAGGUCGGCCUCCGCCAUAAAAUGUGUGAGUUGA